UUUUCAAAAAGAAGGGAUACAAGCAAGUCUUUCAACCCAACAAGAACAUCAUUGUUCAGGAAAUCAAGCGUCGUCAGCCAGAAGCCAAACCGAAUCAGAACAAUCGUUCGAACGAUGAGCUGAUGGAGAUGUUGCGAGAGCGCUGGCCUCUUGUAGAGCCCGACAAACAGUACAUUGUCCAAAAGGAAAAGGACUAUCGCAAGCUUCUGGUGAAUGCUUUGCAUCCCAGAGAAGUGAUUUGUACGGACGAGUUGGCCAAUCUAGCCGCCGCAUCUGCCACUGCGGAAGGAUUGGCGGCUGUAGCGGCGAUUUCCGGGAGUCACAACAAUUCCUCUCGCAAACGCUCCAUUGGGGAGACAGUAGUGGAUCUAGUAUCAAGCCCAUCCAGAAGAAGUACCUUGGGCAAGGUUGUCGGUGGUGCCGGUGGCGGUGGAAGCAAUUUCCAUUCGUAUUAUGGCGGUGGCGGCAAGAGACGAACUAGUACUACUUCUAGUACAAAUGACAAUGGUAAUACUGCGCUGGAAACCAUGCUCAUUCAGGCUGCCAAUGCAUGUGCAGACAAGUUGUCCUAUGCCAAUCUGGCCACUACCGUCGAAAGCUUGAAAAAGGAACGAUUUGACUUGAACUUGAAAAAGCUACCCUUGGUCAGCAAGCACACUCCGGGCAAUGUUCAAUCCAUUGCCUUUAUGGACAAUCGUAUCAAGGAGAUUACGGAUAGUAUCUUGGUGUAUGAAGCCAAGAUGGGAAUACCAGCAGCUUCGGCGGAUGUGUGA